UCUGCAGAAUAUGGCGUCCCUGUCCUGUUUUAAAAAUAAGCCAGGCUGCCAUUUUUGUUUUCCUUUUGUCUGAAAAUUUUAAUAAAACUGUCUGAGAAUGUGGGAGAGGCAGCUGAAAGGCAAAAGGGGCACCUAACGGGGUGGUUUUUUCUUUGCUUUGCGUUUUUGUGUUGUUGCAAAGAUCUUGCGUGCACGGGGGGGAUACAAUGUAAUUGGACUUUAAAAAAGGAAACAGUCAAACAUUUCUGUGGGAGGGGGGUUAAGAUUUAAAGUUAACUUAUGCAAAAGUUUUUUUAAACAGCCUUUUAAAAACAAAAACGCAAUGAAAAACCCUGCUCUUUAUUUUCUCUUUCUCCCUUUGGAUUAUUUAAUGGAAAAGUUAAUUGAAUCUGAAUGUAGCUAUUUUUUAAAAAACAGACGGUUGUGAAUGUUGCAUGUUGGUUAAAAGGGAUUCAGGGUUUUUUUGGGGUGGUGGUGGUGAAAAUGUGUUCUUUUAUUUUGAUAGAAAGCAGUAUUAUAAACGGAAUGUUUAACCCGGAAUAUUUUGCAAUUGCACUUUAGCAGGAAUGUAGUGUUUUCAGAGUGUGGAAUCUGCAGUUUUAGAAACUGACACAAUUUUUCGUGCCGUUGUAUAGAGAGGUCUGUGUAUAUGUGAACAUGUAUUUAGUGUGUGCUAUCUAUGUGCAUCGGGUGUACAUGCAUUUACUAUUUAUUCAUGCAUAAUGUUAAGUACAUGUUGGAUUGUACAUACAGUCUGUUCUAGAAUAUUUAAAAGAGAGUCAGACUAAGAGAGAGGAGUAUUGUAGGCUAGAAAUGGUUUAUUUUUAGAAAAGCUGCUCAUUCACUAGUAUUGUACAGAGUGUAGUCAAGAGCACACAUCCUUUCAGAUGCUGUUGUAUGGUUGGUGUUGCACUUUUAUUUGCUGCCUGUCUUGGAAAAGUGAAGGACAAUUUCUCAAAUGCCUGUUUGAGCUGCUCUGUGACUGAUAGCAGAUGGGUCAGCCCGAGCCUCUUAAACAAAAGUCACAUUUUGGGGAAGAGGCAAAAGGUUUUUAAAUCCCGAUUUAGAAGAUUGGAGGGGGGUGGAUGGAUGGAAUCUGGACCAGCCCUACGGCUGGUUCUGCUUUUGACCAAAUAUUCCUAAAUAGUUUAGUCCAACCCUGUUCCUGGGAUAACUCCUUGAACUUCCAUGGGCUAUUACAGGAAGAAAUUUGGACCUUUAUUUAUUUUCUGUAAAGAGAAUGUGGCAUUCCCACGGAUGUGUUAGUUUGGAGGCAGUAUCUGUUGCCCCCAGAACAACACCUUGCGUGCAACAUCUGUGCUCUGCUAGCUCUGGAGAUGGACAGAUGUCAGGGGAAGCACCGACAGUACAUACAGAGCAAAGACGAGACAGAGGGGGCUGCAAAAGUAGAGGAGUCCCCGAUAGAAGUGUAGCUUGUGUUAACGACAGUGGUAGGAAUUGGUGAAGGCUAGUGUGCUUCUGGGACUGGGGCUUUUGCCCGCCUGCACCAGGAGGGAUCGUCCACCUCCGCCAGCCUGGAGCAUCAUCUACACGUCUCCCCAGGCAGCUGCGGCCACCUGGCUUCUGAGGCCAGCCUGAUGGCGGAGCCUCGCUUUAACAACCCCUACUUCUGGCCGCCCCCUCCCACCAUGCCCAGCCAGGUAAGACCCCCUCCCUACCCUGCAGCAAGAGAAGCGAGGAGGGGCAGCUUUUUGCAGUCGUGGGUGAGGUCCGGCUGCAGAGCAGCGCGAUCCCAGCUGGACAACUUGGUUCUGAUCAAUAAAAUCAAGGAGCAGCUGAUGGCAGAGAAGAUCCGGCCCCCUCACCUGCCCCCCACCUCGGUCUCCUCCCAGCAGCCCCUGCUGGUGCCCCCCUCGCCUGCAGAGAGCAGCCAGUCCAUCAUGUCCCUCCCCAAACUGCAGCAGGUCCCAGGGCUGCACCCACAGGCCGUCCCCCAGCCUGAUGUGGCCCUGCAUGCUCGGCCGGCCACCAGCACGGUCACAGGUCUGGGGCUGGCCUCCCGUGCCACUGCAGUCAGCACCUCGGAAUCCAGCACUGGCACUAGCACCCCCUCCACCCCCACCUCCACCAGUCAGAGCAGACUCAUCGCCUCCUCGCCCACCCUCAUCUCAGGGAUCACCAGCCCCCCACUCCUGGACUCCAUCAAGACAAUCCAGGGCCACAGCCUGCUGGGGGCGCCCAAGUCAGAGCGAGGGCGGAAGAAGAUCAAGGCGGAGAACCCGUCGGGGCCGCCCGUCCUCGUGGUGCCCUACCCCAUCCUGGCCUCGGGCGAGACCGCUAAAGAGGGCAAAACCUACAGGUGUAAAGUCUGCCCCCUGACCUUCUUCACCAAGUCGGAGAUGCAGAUCCACUCCAAGUCGCACACAGAGGCCAAACCCCACAAGUGCCCGCACUGCUCCAAAUCCUUCGCCAACGCCUCCUACUUGGCCCAGCACCUGCGCAUCCACCUGGGCGUGAAGCCGUAUCACUGCUCCUACUGUGAGAAAUCCUUCCGCCAGCUCUCCCAUCUCCAGCAGCACACCAGAAUUCACACUGGUGACAGACCCUACAAGUGCCCACACCCUGGCUGCGAAAAGGCUUUCACACAGCUCUCCAACCUCCAGUCACACCAGCGACAGCACAACAAGGAUAAGCCCUACAAGUGUCCGAACUGCUACCGGGCGUACUCGGACUCGGCAUCGCUGCAGAUCCACCUCUCUGCACACGCCAUCAAACACGCCAAGGCCUACUGCUGUAGCAUGUGUGGGAGGGCCUACACCUCGGAGACGUAUUUGAUGAAGCACAUGUCCAAACACACCGUGGUGGAACACCUAGUGAGCCAGCACUCACCUCAAAGGACGGAGUCACCCGGCAUCCCAGUGCGGAUCUCGCUCAUCUAAUCUGGGGCUUCCUCGCCCACCCCUACCCUGCGCAGCUCUCCUCCCCCCAAUUCCGGAUCGCCAGGGGCCAGGGGGCGGCUUGGAGACGAUCACACAGACCACCCCCCAGCACCGCCACUGAGUGCCCGCGCCUGCCAAGCCACGGGGAGCGACUGCGAAGACACUCAUCUUUUGGGAGAAAUUAAUGAAUGAAUUAAUGUUUGGAAAACACCCCUCGGCCCUGGCCCCGCCCCCAGCACCCUGCCGGGAGAGCCAGGGACUCAUCCACAGUUUUGGUGACAUCCAAAGACUAUUUCAGAGCACUUUGAAUCUCUGUGUUUGGUUUCUUCAUUUUCUUUCUUUUUUUCCCUUCUUUCUGCCCCCGCCCCUAUCCUCCGUGCUCCUUCCUGCUCUCUUUUGGAUACAAGUAGAUAUAUAUAUUGGCCAAGAAGUUGGUGCUGCUAAAACCGAAAACCCGAACUGGACAGAGAAGUGCUGGAUGGCGUGGCGGGCAGGAUCCAGGGCCUGGCACUCGGGCUCCUACAGCCUCAGGAUGAGACUCUGGGACGUGACCAGCCUGGCGCUUGGUAUCUGCUGCCCCUCCUGGACUCUCCGUUGGGAGCCAGCGUGAGAGGGGAAUGGGUUAACCUGUUGGCUGGAGAGGUGAGAUCUGGUGGCUCGAGCAGCAGCCACAGGAGGGAGACCUUUGUUCCACAGACGUGGCCGUUCCCCGCUGGGGCUCGUCCCUCUGCCGCUUUGUCUAACCUCGUUGGGACGUUUUGGUUGUUUCCUUUGGUUUGUUUCCUUUGGUUUGUUUCAUUCGAGCUGCACAGGACUGGCUGGCCCCGCGGCCACGCCGUGGUCCGUGCACAUUUCACCUGCGCCCUCCCCCGGCGGCGCGAGGAAUCGCUGCUGGGGCUCGCCCGGCUGGGGUAAGUGUGGGGGCGGCCAGAGGAGGUGCUCAGCCUACGACAGGGACACAGCCGGGGCUGGCCAAGUUCAUCGAGGGCAGGGCUGGCCAUGCCUGUGCGGAAUCGAGAUGGAGCCCAUGGAGACCACAGAUCCCAGCAUGCCGUGCUCUAGGUUGAGCUAAGCAGUAUCCCACCAGAUCGGGAAAGCGCAUUGCCUGCUGGGAGCUGUAGUCUGUAGGAUUGGGACAGCGAGUCAGGCAGACUGGCCAGCCCUGGUAUAGUCUCAGCUGAGGGCUAGCUGACCCCAGCUCUGCUAGGCCAGCCAUGGCAGAUGGGAGUGGAGGGGCACUUUGGCCAUGGUGCUGAGGAUCGGGGGGUGGGGGAGGCAUGGCGUUUCACAGCAGGAGUUUGGGAGCCUCAGCUGCCCACAGUCCGCUGCCUCCCCCCCAACCCCAAGUCCACCUGGUGCUAACUAGGGAUUGUCCUGAGCUAUGAAGGGGCGUUUGCUAAGGAAGAGCGAGUGUGAGAGGAGGGAGGGGGGCACUCGCCGCAGGUUAUGCUCUUUGACGUGGAUUAUUUUUCAAUCUCUCUUCCCCACUAUGGGCAUCUAGUGCUGCUGCUCUGGAACCCGGGCAUCACCGCAGCCCAGGCUAUCGGGGUUUCCAGAGUGGCAGCAGCCAGGGGCAAGGGGGCAGCCUGGGGUCUCCUCUCUCUCUCCGUUACCUCCUGGAUCCUGUGUUUGCUUAUCAAAGGGCUGGGCCCCAGGCAGAGAAUUGCGUGUGGGAGAGGGGAGUCCGCCCCAUGGCAGUACAACGGGCCCCUGCCCCCCGGCUUUGCCCCUCCCUCCAGGUUCCCAGCAGGGCACUGGGAAGCGCUUUCUGCACUGUCACAGGAUUCACAUAGAAACCCCGUGCGGUCCCUGAACCCUGCAGCGAGGCUACUGCUGGCUCAGUCCCUGGGGCUUUGGAGCAGUCGGUUGCUGUGGCACCAGUCAGCUGCUGUGAGAAUUUCCCUGUCUCCUGCUGUGUCUGUGCAGGAUGGUAAUGAAGCCACCUGCAGAGCACCUGUUGGCUGGCACCAUAACACCUGGAACAUCUGCUGGCUGGGCACAGCCCCCGUUAGCCCUAUGCACACUAGGGCCUGUGACUGGCUCCAUUUCUGGCCCAGCUGUAACCCCACCCAUGCACAGAGCACCUGUCAGUUGUUCUGAACUUGGCUGACCCUACCUGGGCUCAGCCGGGACCCUGGUUUGGCCUGUAGCUUGUGCUCUGAAACAGGGCCGGUUAGAGUCAGGUUUGCGGGUCACUUGCACACCGGGCUGUACUGAGCACAGGGGAGAUCAGCAGGAGAGUGCAGGGGAAAGCCUGUGUUGCCCCCACUCCCUGCUGCUGGCAUCGGAGGUGAGCUGUGACAUUAGCACCGCUUGGAUCUGAAAUUCUGAUUCACUGAGGUCUGAUUCUGCUGCCAUGACGAAGCUCUCCCAGAGGUUAGUGGGGCAGAACGAGGCUGUGAGCCCCCCGGCUCCUGGGAUGCAGGGAACAAACCAGCUCCCCCCUGAGCAAACUAAAACACUAAAGAGGAAGAGGAAAGCCGGCGUGCCCUGGGGGCUGUGCCCAGUAGCAGGGACUGGCAGUGCCUGAGGGGGUUGGCGUACUCUGUCCUGGGACCGUGUGGCUGGUCAGACGGGCGAUGGGAGAAACGCAGAGUGGUCUGUAUUCCCGGAGCGGCUUUCCUUCCCCACCUCCCCGGCACCUCCUGGGAAUCAGCCCCCCAGCAGUGCAGUCCCAUGGCAGGGAACCUUGGAGCGGGUUAGGAGGGAGAAGUCCAGCAACGAGACAUGAGGCCCUUCCCUUCCCUGGGGUCAGCCCAUUGGGUACAGUAGUGGUACCACCGGCGUGGAUCCCACUGCCCUCCACGUGAUUCCCUCGGGUCACCUGGGGCACCAGCUUGAUCUCUGGCCUUUGGGGGACUGAGCUGUUUUGGGAGCUGCAGAGCCUGCUCUCAGGCCAGAUGGACUGGAGGGGGAUUCCGCCAGCCGAGGGUGCUGUGGAUCUGCCUCUCUGCCCUGCAGAAUCCCAUAUACCAGUCACCGAGAAGCAAAUGCAGCAGGAAGAAUGAUUUGCAAUGUGUCAAUACCUCCAGUGCAGCAGCUUUGGAGGGGCCUGGCCCAGCCAGAGUCAACGGCAGCAGCAGGCCUUGCAGGGAACAAAUACACUAGGGCGGGAGCUCAGAGCUAACAGCUCAGCAGGGCCAGGAUAGGGUCUAGGUAGGAGCUGGGACUGAUGGAGAGCUCACCACUGCUCCAGCUGGAAGCACUGGCUGGCUGCUCAUGCACUAACCCAGCUUCUCCCAGCAGGAGGCGCUGUGCAUUGCUGGAGAGAACAUCCUCCCAAGCAGGAGGUGAUACAGCCACCUGUGGCCACUUAAGCCUUUCACUGCCAGAACAGAAACCCUCCCAACCAUGAGAGAUUUAUAAAAGCAGAGCGGAUCCAUCCCAUCCCUCUCCCCCGCCCCCAGCAGCAAAUCAUAGAUCCCUUCCUGUUGGGUGAAACCAAUUCAAUAUAGUAUUAAAAAAGCAGCAAGCAGAUGGGCUUGCCCUCCUUGCCAGCCUCCCUUUGGAAAGCCAUGCCCAUGCCUGUGUGUGGAUGGAUACAUGGAGUUAUAUAUA